GCGAAAGCUCCGCCAUGGUUACAUCGCCUUAUUAAUGGAAUUUUUGCUCAUUUUUUCGGUUGUAAAAUUCCUUGAAAUCAGUUUUGAGAGUUCAAGUGGCGCGCCAAAUACCAUGGCAACCAAAACGAAGGCGGGUGUCAACAACAGUCCCACACCCCAAGGUGUCAAUAACAACACCACCACCGCCACCACCAAUGAUACCGCCACCGCUGGAGGUGUUGGCCCCGACGCAGCCGAGGAUUCGACGGCCAAGAAAAAUGUAAAUACAUCGGCUAUUUUGAAAUCAGUUUCAGCAUUUUUGGCAAGCGGUAAACGUCAUUCGGAAAAUUCCAAACAAUCCGAAACGAACAGACAGCGGGUGCGACGCAACAAAAUGGAUGAGUCGGGUGGUAAAAUAAAUCCGAAAUUGUUGGAGCAACUGAGGAAGAAGACACGAUUUACAAAGGACGAAAUUGAAUCUCUAAAUCGCAUUUAUCGAAAAUUGGUGUCCAAUAACCAGUAUGCCGCCAAGUCAUUAUCAUCUGGGCCAUCGGGUGCAGCCAUUGCUAAACCACAGACACAGGAGGGCAUUGACCGCAUUGUAUUCCGAGAACUGCUGCACAGCACCUUCGAUAUUGUCACAGAGGAAAUUCUUAUGGAGCGAAUAUUUUGCAGCUGGGACAAGUCUCACGAAGGUUUGCCCAUACGCCUAGAAGGUUGGUUAAUUGGCCUGUCGACAUUUCUGCGCGGCAACCCGGCGGAGAGAGCGGCUUUCUGUUUUCGUGUCUAUGAUUUGAAUGGUGAUGGCUUCAUAACCAAAGAUGAAAUGUUUACGCUGUUGAGGAAUUGUCUUAUCAAACAGCCACAGGAUGAGGAUCCCGAUGAGGGUGUAAAGGAUUUGGUGGAAAUUGUCUUGAAGAAGUUUGAUGUUGAUAAGGAUGGUAAGGUCUCCCUGGAAGAUUUUAUGACGACCGUUGCCACCCAACCAUUGCUCAUCGAGGCCUUUGGCCAGUGUUUGCCCACCGAUAGUGCAAUUGUUUCAUUUUUCUCAACGUUACAGGUUUAAGUGACGAGUGG